AUGUCGGAGGUGGACACACUUCGAAGUGCUGCCUAUAAGUAUUAUGGCAUUUCCUUACCACGGCACGUUCUCACACGACCUCGCGUUCUGGUCAUUCUUCGUGAAGCCAUUCAUGGAAAUCUUCCUGGCCGUGCUAUUGAGAAUAUUGACGAGGUUCGGUCCUUCUUUAAACAGAAUCAAGAGCAAUUCGAGUUAUUGGAACAGAAGUUGGAGUUGCUCAAACCAAGCGAGCAAGUCUCGAUUCUGGCGAAUACGGACAUUUUUAUCGGUGCUUUAGGCUCUGGAUUUGUUAAUGUGGUUUACAUGCUUCCCGGGAGUGUAGCGAUUUCGUUCUCUCCUCCAAACAUCGGAGGACUGUUUUUCAACACUCUCUCGGAGUUUGCAAGGGUUCAUUACAUUGGAGUGUUCAACAGCAGCGUACCGUUCCCUCCGGAGUGUAAGAACAGAAUAAACGCAAACGGAGAAUCGGUGAUCAGGGCCUGCGUUGAUCGUUUACACGCAAGUGACAUUUUCAUCGAUCUGCGCAAGCUGGAAGUGUUGAUGGAUGCAGCCAUGCUCCACUUGAAGAGUCAUAAGUAUAGCAUGUCUCUUUAG